AGUGCCCGAACAAAAAAUCCCAAUACAUUCGAAUUGCUAUGAAAACUUAUUGGUUCAUUUCAACAUUUCUGGUUAUUUUCUUUCUGGAUAAACUCAUUUGUGCACCAGAUGGUUUUAAAUCAAGUUUUGUAGAAGAUUGUUCCAUUGAAACUUGUAAAGCAUGGGAACCACGUUAUUUGUAUAAUUUCGGAGAAGCAAUUAUUGAAUAUACAUCAUCUUGCAAAGAAUCAAGAAUUUAUUGCAUUCCGAAUCCUUAUUUAAACUGUGAAACUGUUCAAGUUGUUGGAAAACAGAAUGAAAAUAACCGUACCGGUAAAAUAGACUCUGAUAGCAAUCACAAUGCCACUGCUAUUUUCAAAUGUAACAAGAAUCAUUGGAAAAUCGGUGAACAAAUCAUUGAAGAGAUUGGAUGUAAUUUCCAUUGUACUGAGAAUGUGAAAUCUCGUAAAAUUGAAGAAUCUCAGUUGUCAAAAAAUACCAAAAUAGACUUCCGUACUCAACCAAACAUCACCCUGAACAUUCGGGAAUUGGGAUCUGAAGUCGAAAAUCGUACGAAAACUCCAAAUAAUCAAUUCCAACUGAACCAAAAUGUCGCUCAAAAAGCAAGUCAUUAUUGCAAUGUUGGAAAACCGAAAUAGAUUAAUUCUCACGAUAUUUGUGAAUAAUAAUGAAUUUUCUAACUGUAAA